GAGCUGCACACCUGUUCAGUUGUGUAAAGCUUGUACGUUGUGGUUGUGCGCACACCUGUCUGUGUGUGUGUCCUGUGUGCAGAAUGUUGCCCUGCACUUUUAGCAGCCAGACUCUUGGGUCCCAAUUCAGGGGCCUGGCCUUGCUGGUAAAUGUAGGGACUCCAGCCUGAUCAUUUAUUUCACCCACACCCCUCAUCAUGCCUUGAACAUUCUGGUGAGGGUUAGAAUUAGCCCAGCCACAUCCCCGGCUUCUAGAGAGCUAAAUGGUAAUAAAUGAAUGCAGCCAGACCUGUCAGGAUUAGGGUAUGUGAACAUGCUAGUCACAAGCACGUGGGUGACUUCCACAUGAUUUUAGUGGGGCAUGUGGACAGGUCAGCUCACACGUGUGCUCAUGUUUGGGGUCUACGUGCAUGGCUACAUUCUGUACAUGCAUUUCUGCAUAUCUAUACGCACUUCUGCUGUGAGACAUCCUUCAGCCCUACAUAUACCCAGGCUUUUGAGCAGACCAUGCAAAACUCAGCUAGUUGCAAGCCAGGCCUUCUGCUGGACCAGGCAACCACAUUUUUCCUGCCUCCAGCACACCAGCACUUGAGGUCUUGGAAGUAAUACGUCUCUCCUGCCUGCUAUAGCCACCCUUAUGUUAUCUUUCCCGGGAGCCCUAGCCAAAUCCCUUUAGGUUACUAAGCACUGUACCACCCCUGCCUCCCAGGCACUGAGCCAGAUUCUGGGCUAUAGAGGGAGAGCAGAAGUCGAAUUCACAGCUGAGGAGUAAGCAAAAGUCAAGCUGGCUCCUCUGGAAAAGCAGGUGCCAUUGGAGAGCAAGACCUCCUGAAGGUCUGGAGAAUGGCUAAAUGUCUGAGAAGGCCCCUGGAGUAGGUAGGAUGCCCCCACACACACACACACACAAAAGGAAUUGACAACUCCCCACUUCCCGGCCUCAGAGGCUUCAGGGCAGGUGCGCAGAGACACUUGUUUGUUGAGUCGUGCCCAGGUGCGCAUAGACGCCCCUUGCCCUGGCAGACACCCUUUGCACACGCAGACCCGCGCGCCACCGACACACCUCUGAGUUCCCGGAGCGCGCCCGGCACUCAGGGCUUGGCUGCAGGUGCCUCGCCGCGCAGACUCGCCGGCCGCGGGGACCGGCUCAGGCGCGGGGCCGGCUGGGGCGGGGCGGGGCGGUGGCGCGCGUUCCCCGCCGGCCACACCGGCCGCCCUGCACUAGGCAAGGGGCGUGUGCGCGGGCUUGGCACCGCGGGCCCCAUGUUCACCGAGCUGAGGUCCAAGCUGAGCCCCCCGCGAGGCCGCGCCGGGGCAGUGCGCGCGGGCUUUGGGGAGCGCCGGGAUGUGGACGCCACUGCCCACUUCAGCUUCUGCCGGACCCUCCUAGAACACACGGUGUCUGCUGAGAGCAUCCCCUGCCACCUGCCUCGCACGCAGGUCACCAGCCUCACGUGGCACGACUCCCGCAGCCAGAGAGCAGCUGGCAGCAGGCCGGUAAAGCUUCUGCAACAGCCAGGCACAGAGACCCCGCAGGGCCGGCUGUACUCUGACCACUAUGGCUUGUACCACACGAGCCCUUCGCUGGGCGGCCUGACACGGCCCGUGGUCCUAUGGAGUCAGCAGGAUGUCUGCAAAUGGCUCAAGAAGCACUGUCCUCACAACUACCUCGUCUAUGUUGAGGCCUUCUCCCAGCACGCCAUCACCGGUCGGGCGCUAUUACGGCUGAAUGCAGAGAAGCUGCAGCGGAUGGGGUUGGCCCAGGAGGCCCAGAGGCAGGAGGUGCUGCAGCAGGUGCUCCGCUUGCAGGUGCGCGAGGAGGGGCGGAGCCUGCAGCUGCUCAGCCAAGCUUCCUUUGGAAACAUGUCCUAGCUGCUGUCAAGGUUUGAACCCCAGACCCCAGCACUGUGACCAGAGCCCACAGCCAAGGAUGAGGCAGAGCUGGCUGUGCAGUUUCUUGUGGACCCUACUGGAUGCCCUAGUGGCCAAGCCUGCCCAAUGGACAGGCAAGACCAGGAUCACCACCUCUAAGCGCCUCUGGUUAGGCAUUCCAGUCUGGGGCAGGGUGGGUAGGAGGCUGCUUGAAUGUGGCCCCUCCUGCUGGGACCUGAGCCCAAGCCUUCCCCCAGUGUGCUGGCAGCAUGAAGGGCAGCUGCCUGCAGCCAGAGCUGUGGACAUCCCCCCACACCCCAGGGACUAUGUUUAUUUACAUCUCCCCUACCUGCUGAGCCACUCAUCCUUCUAUCCACUCAUCUAGUACAGUUUUGAGCCCUCCACUGGCACUGCCAGGUUAAAAUGGCACAGGUGGGAUAAAUUGGCAUGGCUCCCUUUGGCUUGUACCUACCAUUCCCCUGCCCCUGCCAGGGCCCAGAAGCCCCAACCCACCCUUGAAAGGAAUGGUCAACAGCUCCUGCCCCACUGGACAGUAUGCCAAGCACUUCCACUCACUCAUUAUGUAUAAAUCCUCACCACAACCCCAUCUAUUCAUGAGAACUGAGGUGGAGAGAGGUUCAGAUGGCCCAAGCUUCAGAAACAAAUAAGGCACAAGGACUUCAGCCCUGUCCAGGUGGCUCCAUCCCCAGUGUCUACCUGGCUUGGUAGUGCUCCCCACCCUAUGUUUGGAAAGUCUUGCUUUUGCACCUCUUCCCUGCUUCCAGGUUCAGGGGGACCCCCUUUGAGACAGAGCUAUGUGUGGGUGUUUCCUCAGUGCUUUUGCAGGAAAACCUAGAUUCCUGAGAGAGGCUAUCCUGAGUGUCACAUUCCCCUAACAGAAGCCUGAGCAAGCCCUCCCUGGAUGGAUUGGGAUUGGUGCUGCCUGGCAGAAGGAUAGUGGAGCAGUCAGAGCUCCCUCUUGCUCUUCUGCCCUCUCCCACUCCCCUUGGGGACUCUGAAAAUCUCAGGGACAGAUGAAGCUGAGCUCCCAGUCCCCUCUAUGUGCUUUGAGCUGGCCUUGGGACUUGAGGCUGGUCAUCACCGGUCCUGAGUGCAAUUGGACAACUAGCCUGGCCCCUCCCACCCCAUGAGCCCCCUCUGGGGAGCACCCAUGCCCUUCUAGCUGCCCAAGCAUCCCACCCCCCUCGUGGCAUCUGCCUUCUUCCAGAGGGCCCUUCCUGGCUCUGCCCCUUUCCUCCCCACUCCUCUGUCUUGCCCCAACCUCUGUGAUCCUGUCUCAUCUUCCUUGUUCUGUGCUCACUUUUUUAUACUCUGACAAGAAACCAGAAAUAAACCUAGUUCUCAA